UACGCAGUUGGCGCAGCUGGCAGGGAGACGCUGCUCGCCUGCGACAGGAAGACCCGCAGCAGGGACGCACCAUGUGCGGCCGGCGGGGAGGGGGGCGGCGGGGCGAACCGUUUUCGCCUCCUGCCACCCCGCCUCCUCGCGCCUCUCCGAGCCGGUGUGGCGAGAAGCAGGGGGCGCCGCGGUGCCGCGCGGGGCGGCGGGCGGGGCGGUGGCGGCGGCGGAUGUCGGGGAGCAGAGCGUACCAUGUGCGGUCCCCCCCCCCGGCGGCACUGCGGAGAGGCGCCGCACGGGCAGCGGGCAGAUAAUAACAAUCCCAUCCCAGGCUGGAGCCCGCACGCUGCAGGCGCCUCGCACCGCACCAUGUCGGUUGCUUUUGCAUCUGCUCGCCCGAGAGGCAAAGGGGAGGUGACGCAGCAAACUAUCCAGAAGUCCUCCCUGUAUUGGAACUGAACCACCCCAAAGGACAAAUUGGGAUGUGAUUCUCUUACAGUGUUUCAGUAGAUCCAGUAAUGCUAAUGUUAUACUUCAUCAAGUUCAGCAGCCUGCACACCCUAGUCCUGUAAAGGAAAACUGAUGCUAGAUGAAAAUCACCACCUAAUACAAUGUAUUAUGGAUUAUCAGAGCAAGGGAAAAACUGCAGAAUGUACUCAAUACCAACAAAUCUUGCACAGAAACCUGGUUUAUUUGGCAACAAUAGCAGAUUCUAACCAGAAUAUGCAGUCCUUGCUUCCUGCUCCACCAACGCAAAACAUAAACUUGGGCCCAGGAGGGAUGACUCAAAGUGCAUCCAACCAAUCUCUCCAUUCACAGAGCAAUCUCAGCGAUGCAAUUGGGACGGGCCUUCCUCCUUCCUCCCUCAUGCAGAGUCAGAUUAGCAAUGGUCCUAAUCACGUGUCUAUGCAGCAGUCAGGCCAGAACACUAUGCCCACAACCUCUCUGAGUAUGACUGUCAGCAGUCAUGGAACUGGGCCUGGUUAUAGCCAUACAGUGCCUGCAUCUCAGAAUGUGCCAAUGCAAGGCCAGGGGUCAAUAGGCAAUUAUGUGUCUCGAACAAACAUCAACAUGCAGUCUAAUCCAGUCUCUAUGAUGCACCAGCAAGCAGCAACAUCGCAUUACAACUCGGCGCCAGGAGGGAGCCAGCACUACCAGGGGCAGUCCUCCAUUGCCAUGAUGAGUCAGAGCAACCAGGGCAACAGCAUGAUGGGCCAGCGACCAAUGGGCCCUUACAGAGCCUCUCAGCAAGGUUCCUCGCAGCAGUACAUGGGUCAGGAGGAAUAUUACAGUGAACAGUACAGUCACGGACAAGGCUCAUCAGAACCCAUGAAUCAGCAAUACUAUCCAGACGGACAUGGUGAUUAUGCCUAUCAGCAGUCAUCCUAUACUGAGCAGAGCUAUGACAGGUCAUUUGACGACUCUACACAACACUAUUAUGAAGGAGGAAAUUCCCAGUACAGCCAGCAGCAGGCAGGAUACCAACAAGGCGCUGCACAACAGCAGACAUAUUCCCAGCAGCAAUACCCAAAUCAACAAAGUUAUCCAGGCCAACAGCAAGGCUACGGUCCUGCACAAGGAGCCUCCUCACAGUAUUCCAGCUACCAACAGGGACAGGGCCAGCAAUAUGGAAGUUACAGAGCUUCUCAAACGGGCCCAUCCGCUCAGCAACAGAGGCCUUACGGCUACGAGCAGGGACAAUAUGGAAAUUACCAGCAAUAAACGAAUACGACCCUGUAUCAGAUUCCUAUCAAUAGUAUAUCCAUCCUUGGAACUGGGUGUACAGGCAGUUUUGGUUAAUUGUAAUAUGUUGGUUACCCCUUAGCACAAAGCAGCGUCUGUAUGUGAACAGUGUUCAUUUCAUGCUGGAUAUGAAGCAGUGCACCACUGGUAACAAGACAAUGCUUUAAUGGUUUGGUAUUUGGUGCUGUGUAUAGUACUGUAUGUUGAUACAAUGCAGAAGUUUUUCAUUUACCCCCCCUACCCCAUUCUUGAUGUUUCUAAAUAGCUUUAGGAUCAUUGGAUCACAGUUGUGCCCCGUUCUGGAAAACAGCCGGGUUAUUCUGCAGUCUGGCUCAAAGCAAAGCGAUUCAGACACUUCUCGGUCCAGGGAGGGAUCCUGUGGUAGGCUAUUGAUUUAACCGAAUGCAUUGACCAUGACCUGCCGGCCUCUGAAAUCCAUGGCUCUUAACUUCACUUGUUAAGAAUAAGAGGAUGAGUACGUUCCGUUUGUGAAGGCAGUUCUAUGCUGUGUGUUAAAAUUAACCGCAACUUCUGCAAUACCUAUGAGGGCGAACUACUGACAUCUUAGAAUUCAAUAAUAUGCAUAAGUCCAUGCUUCUGUUGGAAAAGGUACAGAAAGAGGAUUGAAUCACUAGAAGCACUUUUCAUAUAUCCAUGUGAACUAAGGUAUUUCUGUCAUGGAAAGAAAACUAGAAGGGAGCUCUGAAAUCAUAGAAUCACGGAAUGAUUUGGCUUGGAAGGGACCGUGAAGUCAUCUUGUCCAAUGCCCCUGCAGUGAGCAGAGACAUUUUCAACUCAAUUGGGUUGCUCAGCGCCCCAUUCAAGCUGACCUUGAAUGUUUCCAGGAAUGGGGCAUUGCCCACCUCUCUAGGCAACCUGUGCCAGUAUUUCACCACCUUCAGCAUAAAAAAAUUCUUCCUUGUAUCUAGUCUAAAUCUAGCCUCUUUUAAGUUUAAAACCAUUACCCCUUGUCCUGUGGCAACAGGCCCUGCUAAAAGUUUCCCCCCAUCUUUCUUAUAAGCCCCUUUUAAGUAUUGAAAGGCCACAAUAAAGUCUCCUUGGAGCCUUCUCUUCUCCAAGCUGAGGACCCCCAGCUCUCUCAGUCUCUCUUCAUAGGGGAAGUGUUCCAGGCCUUUGAUAAUUUUUGUGGCCUCCUCUGGACCUGCCCCAACAGGUCCAUGUCCCUCCUGUGCUGAGGGCUCCAGUUAAACACAGUAUUCCCGGUGUGGUCUGCAGUGUCAGCCUACUAGAUGUCAAUGUUGCUUCCUGUUGUGCUUAGCUGAGAGAAACAUCUGGCAAAACUCCAGUCUUAAAUGUGCUACUCCAACUUUUAUAACUCGCAUACACAUUUUCACGCCAAAUUUCGCAAGCAGGUGGCUGGCAUCCUUCUUUAUUUCUGGUUCUUCCAUUGCCCUUGCUGAGAUUUUCCAGCAAGCACUAUAACCGUAAAUAUUGUCACAUUUUUUGGUCUGUUGUUCUUACAGUUCAGCAUCACUUUUUACUGUUGUAGCUUGACAGAAAAAGUUCAGAAGUAAAAGAAAAAAAAAAUCCAUCUUUAUUGCAGAGAAGCAACUAAGUUUACUUUUAAUUGUGAGACAAUAUUAUGCAUAUAGAGAGGGGAACUGUUAAUAGGGUCAAACAGUGAGAGAAUACCUAUAGAAAGAGAAUUUAGAAAUAAAAACUAGUGGUAUGUAAAAGCCAGUCUGAACAAUGUAAGUCACUUCUAUUCAGUUUUAUAUAUUCUUAUAAAAAAGUGUUGAAAUAAAGCACUUAUAAAGUGCUUCCUUAAGUGCUGAAAGAACUACCGUGUCCAAACUUCUCUGAGGCAAAGGGCUAGGAUGACUACACUCCACAAGCAUUUUUUAGUACGAGAUUAACUGCGAAUUUACAAUACAGAGUAAAUACACCCUCUGUAGGAUUUUCUCCUUGUCUUUUGUCUGAACUUGCUUAUUUAUGAGAUUUCAAAUUUUAGUAUUUUAUAUUAAAAAAAAAAAACAAAACCAGAAAAUCAAAGAUAUCUUAACUCAUUACUAUUUUUUCCUGUAAAAUCUUUAACUGGACAACAAAAGAGUUUAUUAUUAAGUGUUGUCCAAGCACUGCCCUUGCUACAUUAAUAAUUUUAAUCACUGAUAAAAUAGAAGACAUUUUUUAGUCAUCAUUUCUCCUGUCCUUCCUGCUGAUGUUUUCAUACAAACAAGUACUCUGAAAUAGCAAGGAACAGAAGGGAAGUAAGAUUGUUUUCUUUACAGUAGAUUAAUAUUACAGGUAGACAGAAGUAUGCAAUAUUGCUCUUUGCCGGUUUGGAAAAAAAUAUCUUUUAUGUGGUCUUUGAAAGUGCUGAAAUACUUUUGAGAGAAUAUGAACAACACUUAAAAUGAAACAGCAACAUUACAUCAAUCUGAAAUGUCUUACAUUAAGAACUUCUUGAAUGUUGUGUAUAUACUGUAUUUGAAAGAGCACUUUGGAAAUAGUUUGUACAUUUAUUUCCUAAUUUAUACAUGAUUUUUGGUGUUAAUAUUUCUAAUUGUUAAUAACAAAAUGUUUAUUUAAUGUGUUGUCCAUUUUUAUGUAUUAACGUGGAAACAAAGUGAUGCCAGCAUUUUGACUUCUUCCAUUAAUUGUGUCAUUUUCUGUUUUGU